AUGUGGGUUUUGUGUAAAGAUCAGGAUUGGCAUUUUCCAGUAAGGAGGAACAACAAGGAUGGCAAGGCAUGUCACCUAGGUAAAGGACGACCUAAGGCAUAUGGCACUGGACAGGCCUCACGGAAGAAAGGAAGAGAACAUGCCCCCAUCUACGUUGACGGAGCUGAGGUCGAGGGGAUGGAGAGCAUAAAUUUCCUAAGACUAACAAUAACUGACAAUCUAAGUCAACUUCCCCUCUUCCAAUUCAAAACUCGUCAGGAAACCGUCAACUGGAGGCGAAUUAGUGCCAUUGACGUGGACAGAGUGGCUCAUGAACUGGAUUUUGUCACUUUGCAGGAAAAUAUACUCAAUAUCACCUUUUGCAACAUGGAUACUGAAAAAUGCCCUUAUUGUCAAAAUCCGCUGGAUCCUACUCUGUUGAAACUGUUCAGAUUGGCACAGCUCACCAUAGAAUAUCUUCUUCAUUCUCAAGAGUACCUAACAGUUAACUUGCAGAUGUAUGAAGAAAAAUUGCAAGCAUCAGAAUUUGGAAAAGAGCAAAUCAAAAAGGAACUUUGCAAUUUAUCUGAUGAAAUGAAGUCUCAGAAAGAGGAAUGCAAAUGCAGGAAGCAGAUCAUUUCUUCUCAACAGAUGAUGAUUCAGCCCGGUGCUAAUAAUUAUUAUAAGUGCCAAUAUUGUGACAAAACUUUCAUGAACAGUUUCUAUAUGCAAAGUCACAUUCAGCGUCGGCACCCAAAUAAUGCAACAUCUGAAAAGCAGAAGAAGAAUGAAUCUGUAAAGAUCCAGGACGAAAUAGAUCAGUUGAAAAAGCAAUUACAACAUAUUCAGUCCCAGCUAGAAACUGAGAAGCAGCUGUAUUUUAAAACACAUUCUCAGGAACUUGAAAAAAGAAGAAUGGAAGAAAAUGAAACAAUAAAAAGCUUUGAAAGAUGGAAGGAGGAAGAAAAAAAGAAGCUGAAUAGUGAGAUGGAGAAAAUGAAAGAAAUGCUUGCUGAAGAGUUUAGAGAAAUGACUGAAAAGAACACUGCAUUGGAAAGAGUUAAAACAGCGACCGAACUUGUACACAAUAUUCUAAAAGUGGCCUAUGUAUCUGAACACCUAGGACGGAACCUUGUCGAAUGUUUUGUCGAAGCUGAUAUAGACAACUUUUACUGCUCUGACUUCAUCUGCCUUCUUUGUCACCUCGAACUUUUGCAGGUAAAGAGUACUAGCAUGCAACUUAAAUCUAGUCUUGGAGCUUUGAAAAAUGAACAUGAACACAACAUUCAGGAGGAAAGCCGACGAUACCAACAGGAAGUGAAGGAUCUUAAGAAUAUUUUGGAAAAACAGGAAAAUAAGUGGACUUCGGACAUAAACAGUCUUCUUGAAAGACAUGACCAUGAGAAACAAAAGCUCCAGCUUGAAAUAGAGAGCUUGAUGUCAUCAAUUACAAAAAAUCAGAAGGCAAAUUCUUGUUACUGCAAGAAAAAGAUGAAAGAACUAUAUCAAAAACUGCAUGAUCAGCAUCAACUGAUAGUUCAUCAGAAGGAAGAGCUGAAAACAUGUUCUGUCAAAUUGCCAGGGAAGAAAUUGGAACCAUCAUAUAUGAAACAUCUACCAGAAGUAUCAACAUGCAAUGAAGACCUUAGAAAAGUUUUGAAGAAAAAUCCAAAUAUUGUGAAGGAAUUACGUAAGAUAGUGGAGAAAAGUUUGACAGAAAAAUUAGAAAACCUAGGGAUAAAACCUAUAUGGCAAAUGGAUGGACCGGUCAAGACCCAGUCAUGCCUACUCAAAUUUACAUCUGCCCCCAGCUUUGAUGACGUGACAAGGAAGGUUGAUGAGGACAGGGCGAAGGACGUGGUCUAUGAGAUGACAGCCCAUGACAGCACUGGCAGAUCCCAGACAGGUGGAGGUGUGUCCAACAUCAAGCUCCCCCAUCCCUACGAGCAGAGAAUUUUGUUCCAGGAGAAGACGGGAAUUGAUCCUGCAGAGGUGUAG